AUGAGACGUCCACCUAACCGGAUUCUUGUAUUCUUGCUCACUGCUACCGCCCUCACUCUGGGCUGGGACAUUUAUGCAUUCACCUACUGGAAUGCUCACCCAGCAGAUGAUGUUGCCGGCUGCAAAUGGACGAAUCCAAUCAAACGCCUCCCGAGUGGUCCAUACGAGAUAUUCACCUGUGUCACGCGAGAUAAAAUGCCCGAAAUUCCGCGUCACCCUGGGCUUCCACCCGCACUAAUCACCACCCUCAACCUCACCGGCCUCCUGCAAUUUAAGGAUAUGAUCAAGAUUCCCGACGAGAGCUGGAAACUGCCAGUGGACAAUCAGGUCUUUAAACUCCACGAACAGCCGCUUGCCAUGCAUCCUCUCGUGGAGUUUGUGAAGAAAUCGGGAUACUUUCCAGAGGUAAGAGUACUGGAUAAUAAUUAG